AUGGCUUCAUCACAAUGUCCCACUGAUCGAAACUUCUUUGUAGUGGAUUUCCACUACAAUGGAACGUUUGCACCCAACCCAUUAGUAUACUUUGAUCCCGACAGACAAUCAGUAGGAGAUGUUGACUUCAGUGCAUUUGAGUACGAGGAGUUCAUGGAAUUCCUUCAAAAGCUCACCAGAACUAGAAGCAAAGACAUCUACUUCUGCCUUCCACAAGAGUCUUUAAGUCAUGGAAUUCAUACACCGGUGAAUGACGGUGAUUACAAAGAAUUUUUGGAUUUGGCUUAUGCAAAUGAGAGGAGAAUGAAUGUGUAUGUGGGCCACUAUAAUGAACCAAUCUUCGAAUGGAUUGAGGAAGAGGAAAAUGAAGAUCAAGACUACAGCUGUGAAGAGGAUGAAGACUCGGUAUUGUCGGACACUUAUUCUGUUGACCAUGAAUAA